AUGGUAGCACAUGAGCUCGUCUUCCUCGAAGGCAACCAGUGCGCGGACAACUAUGUCCAAACGCUCGAGGAUCAUCAACUUCCCGUCAUCCGCCACCAAAUUCGCCGCGGCGCCAUCUUCCAACAAGAUAAUGCCUCAAUCCAUACGGCGCGCACGACCAAUGCCUUCUUCAAGCGUGCCAAAAUCCGGGUUAUGAACUGGCCAGCCAAGUCCCCCGAUCUGAAUCCCAUUGAGAACGUCUGGGGGUACAUGGCUGGGAUCGUCUACGCCCGCGGAAAGCAGUAUGACACGAAGGAAGAACUCGAGUUGGCCAUUCAAGCCGCCCGGUCCAAUCUGGGCCCAAAAAAGUUAAGAGAUCUUCAUUACCCCUGGGACGGGUCCCCCGCCACCCUGCGGGGGGCGGACGAGCCCCUGUGGUCCCCCUCCCGCCACACCCACCUCCUGCCCACCGACGCUUACGGCACCAUCGAGUUCCUGGGCACCUCCGUGCCCACCAAGGCUCAGUUCAUCCGGCUAGCCCAUGACACGCGGCCAGACCUCAUCAUAGACCUGCUGACGCGGGAGUGGGGUCUGGGUCUGCCCAAGCUCCUGAUCACAGUGCAGGGCGGCAAGACCAACUUCGACCUGCAGCCCAAGCUCAAGAAGGUCAUCAGGAAGGGUCUAGCCAAGGCUGCCAAGACCACCGGGGCAUGGGUCUUCACGGCGGGGACNGCGGGUGCGGGGGGGAGGGGGCGGGUGGUGAGUGUGGGGAUCGCCCCCUGGGGGAUCGUGGAGCGACGGCACGACCUCGUGGGGAGGAACAGGGAGCUACCCUACCUCCCCAUCACCACCCCCCGCUCCAGGUUCGCUGCUCUCAACAGUCAUCACUCCUACUUCCUGUUGGUCGACAACGGCACGGCGGGCAAGUACGGCGCUGAGCUUCUGUUGCGGCGACGCCUCGAGAACUACGUCAGCAAACAGCGCAUCCACGCACGAGGGGGGCUGGUGACCCCCGUGGUGUGCGUGGUCAUAGAGGGGGGACCGGCCACCAUCAGACAGGUGCUGGAGUACGUCACGGACUCGCCGCCCGUGCCCGUCAUCGUCUGUGACGGGACGGGCCGGGCCGCUGACAUCCUCUCCUUCGUCUACAAGCUGGGGGUGCCGGGCACGGGCGUGUUCGAGCACGUGCGGGGCGUGGUGGUGGCGACGCUGCAGCGCGAGUUUGACCUCCGGCAGGAGCAGGCGGAGAAGCUCUUCUCCGAGGUGCUGCAGUGUGUCCGCAAGCAGCAGCUGAUGACAGUGUUCCGGCUGACAGAGGGGGCAGAGCUGGACCAGACAGUUCUGUCAGCGCUGCUGAGGUCCCACAGUCUCAGUGACCCGGAGAAGCUGUCGCUGGCGCUCACGUGGAACCGCGUGGACAUCGCCAGGACGCACGUCUUCAACGAGGACGUCGCGUGGUCGCAAGGUGCCCUGGAGCUGGCUAUGAUGGACGCGCUGGUGCACGACAGGAUCGAGUUCGUGAAGCUGCUGCUGGAGCAGGGCGUGACCAUGACCAAGUUCCUGACCAUACAGCGCCUCGAGGACCUAUACAAUGCUUUCACAAUACCCCCUGUUGACAUAAGCCCUCCAUGCCCCCCACAAAACCCCCUGCCCCCCCCAAACCUGUCUCUUNACACGUUGCCUAACGUGGGACUAGUCAUCAACAGGCUGAUGGGGGGCGCCUUCAGGUCGACGUACACGCGUCGCAAGUUCCGCAACACGUACCACGCCCUGCAGAAGAAGGGCGGCGCCCCUGGGGCAUGUCGGUAUGGGGGCGGCGCCCCUGGGUCAUGUUAUGGGGGCGGCGCCCCUGGCUCCCAACGCAUGGGGAGCACCCACCGCCCCUCCCCACACCCCCAGCAGUCCCCAUACAAGUCCCUGGCUGCGUCCCUUGACCACAACUCUGCCCACGCCAGUCCCCAGCACGGCCCCAACCUGCUGGGGGCCGCCCUAUACAGGUCCAUCUCUGAGAAGGGGUCUGCAGUCUCGACCCCCACAGACCGCGACUCCUGCGCGGGGUCUGAUACGUGCGAGGGCGGGUACCACUUCGACUACCCCUUCAGCGAGCUCAUGGUGUGGGCGGUGCUGUCACAGCGGCAGGCGCUGGCACUGCUGUGCUGGCAGCACGGGGAAGAGGCCCUCGCUAAGAGCCUCGUGGCCGCUAAGCUCUACAAGGGCCUCGCCCUCGAGGCCGCUGAUGACGACCUCGAGACCGAGGUGCACGAGGAGCUCGUCUGCUACGCCAAGGAAUUCGAGACAUUAGCUGUAGAGCUGCUGACGUAUUGCUACCAGCAAGACGACUCACGUGCGCACGAGUUGCUGACGUACGAGCUACGUAACUGGUCCAAGCAGACGUGUCUGUCACUGGCAGCAGCUGUCAACCACCGCAGCUUUAUUGCCCAGCCCUGCUGUCAGAUAUUGCUGGCAGACCUCUGGCUGGGAGGGCUGAGAACUAGGAAAAAUACUAAUAUUAAGGUGCUGCUGGGUCUGCUGCUGCCGCCGCUGAUCACGUGCCUGGGCUUCAGGAGCAGAGAGGAGCUACGCACCAUGCCCCAGACCAGGGAGGAGCGGUGGGAUGUUGGGGGGGAGUUCGGCCCCGGGGGCGGCGGGGGGCGGUACCCCGACUCCGACACAGCGUCUGACAGCGACGGGGAGGGCGAGGGUAGGACGAGGGCACGCAAACCCUCGUCUGAGGGCGGCAUUGACAACGAAAUGUGUGUGACCACCUCCACCCCCCUCCACACCACCGUCAUUAAGGUGCCACUUAUGAACCCAGGCAAUCAACAGCCUAACAACAAACAGCCUAACAGCAAACAGCCUGAGACAAACAGCACCCAACAACAACAGCACCCCCCGCCCCCCGCGGGGGUGGUGGGGGGUAGGAGGGGUGGGAGUGGUCACCCCCCCUUCCUGUUCCCCUUCAUCCCCGCGGACGCCGACCCCUCGAGUGUGUUUGGGGGUCCCAACUCCCAGAACGGGGGGCAUGGAACUCUUUACCCUCUUUACCCUCAGAACUCUUUUCCCCUCAGCACACCCGGCAACGAUGACACCGACUCCACCACCACCUCCCACCCUCCCCACCAGGACCGCCACCCCGCCCCCCAGGUCCGCCGCCGCUCCACCAUGGUGGGGGUGCGUCGGGAUGUCCCCCCCUCUGCGGGGGUCACCAUCCCCCCUGGGGACCUCACCCUGCCAGACAAGCGGGGGGCCAAAGAACUGUCGGCCCGCAUCAAGUUCUACGAGUUCUACAACGCGCCCAUCACCAAGUUCUGGGCCCACUCGAUGGCGUACAUAGUGUUCCUGUGCUUCUACACGUACGUUGUACUAGUACGCCUGCCCCCCACCCCCCACUGGACGGAGUACUAUGUAAUAUCGUACAUAUGUACGCUCAUGGUCGAGAAGGUGCGCCAGGUUAUGGCCAAGGAACCCAAGAAACUCAAGCAGAAGCUGGAGGUGUGGGCGGACAACAGCUGGAACGUGUGGGACAGCAUCUGUGGUGCCAUGUUCCUGGCAGCGCUGGCACUGCGUCUACAGCCGUCUACCCGCAGUGCUGGUAGAGUUAUCUACUGCAGUAAUAUUAUGUACUGGUACCUGAAGAUCCUAGAGAUCCUAUCAUCACACAAGUAUCUAGGACCCCUCGUAAUGAUGUGCAGGUACCUGAAGAUCCUAGAGAUCCUAGCAUCACACAACAUCCUGAGUCCUGACGAGGACCCCAACUGGCGGCUGGCGCGACAUAUAUUCGUCCAGCCGUACUUCAUGCUGUACGGGGAGGUGUUCGCGGGUGACAUAGACCCCGACUGUGGGGUGGAUGGGGAGAUACCCUGUCACCCCGGCCGCUGGAUCACCCCUAUAGCCAUGAGUAUUUAUCUACUCGUUGCCAACAUACUCAUGAUCAACUUACUCAUCGCCGUAUUCAACAACAUAUUCAACGCCAUCAACGCUAUGUCGCAACAAGUCUGGAAGUUCCAGAGGUUCCAGGCCAGGGAGGCCAGCACUACUGAGGAGCGAGUGCGGCUGAUGGCAGAGCGCAGCGAAGUAACCGUCCAGCGACUGGAAGACUUCAACUCUAAGAUGAUGUCGACGUUGAACGCCGUUAAUACGGCAGAGUUCCGUAUUAAAAGACUGGAAGAGGAACUAAGCCAUGCCAAGGAUAGCUACUCCGUUAUCCAUCGGUUCAUGGUAUCCUACAUGGAUCAAAGAAGAUCACGAUCUACGUCACCGAGAUCCGAAUUUGGAUCCAGGUCUGGAUCUCCUAAACCUGGACGUAUGUCACCCUUUGAGUCUGGAAGCUACAGUUCCAGGUCCGCGCUAAGAAGCAUGCUAGAAGAAACUGAAACUAAUAUGUUCAGGAAAAGAUACUCUAGCGUUUCCGAAGAAGAUAGCGAUAACGAAGGGUCUUCAUCUGAUGAAAAACGCAAGGUGUUUUCCGCUGGAAAACACCGGGUGAGUCUUUCGCCAUUGAAACGUGGUGCUGGACUUGAUGGAGAGUCUCGUAAAGAUGGUGAGUUUGGUGAUGAAGCUAUUGUGGAUGGUGUAUCUCCUCUCACCAUGUCAACAGAGAAGCAGCGAGGUGUUCGGAGACCUCCGAGAAACAAGGCCUCUGAGACAAGAGACCGUAAGGUUCCUUCCAGCAACGCCAAGAAACAACGGUCGUCUUUCCGGGAUCCGUCCAAAGACAAAUCCAUCGAAAAAACCUUCCCUCAUUCACGUGUUUCAUUCCGGGACUACGAUGAGAGUUACUCUAGGGAGGAUUCUAUGAUAGAAUCCAGGGAACACACCCCAAUGCUGGACCGACCUCCGGUCCAAAGGUCCAUGUCUUCCCCGGCCGAGCAAACGCCAGCCACUCGCGCCCUACGGGACCGGGAGAGAAGCCAUUCCUCUUCCUCAAGUCGCCCUAGAAUUAAAGUUAUUCCUCCUACAUCGCCUCCGGUGCCCAUCAUCAAAAUUAACGCAGAGUAUACGAGUCUCGCGGACGAGCUUGAGAACGUCGUAAUGGCCCGGCUUUCCCCACCGUCUACCCCUGGGGUCUGGUUUGGCAGAGUGAGGCAUCAUUCAGAAGGGAUGGGGAUGGCGCUUAAGGGCUUCCAUCAUCCCCUUAGGGAUGCAGAAGAAGCUGAUUUCCUCAUCAUGGAGGGUCUCAUUCAGAGGAGACUUCACCGAAACUCCGAAAAUCUAGCGGUGUCUCUGGAAGAAUUGUGUUCAAUACCCACGGAGUUUGCCGAACAAGAACUGCCGACGAAUGUUCAGUACACCGAGGAAUCCCGUGUGGCCGUCAUAGACGGGACUGAGGUCGUCGAGAAGUAUUCUGUGGUGCACCAACUAGCGUCCCAAGAUACAAGGGGCGCUGAAUUUGAUCCUCAACAAUAUCCUUCAGAUGGGAUUAGACACAAUCGAGUUCGCAAGCAUGGUCACCUCGGCGAACUUAAAAAACGCCACAGCAUCUGCGUUGGAGACGCGACCAAACUCAUGGCGGGCGCUACCUCCGAGUUGGCUGUUAGUCCUCCUCCUCAGAAGAUGGCUCCUGCCAUCAUCUCUGAGUCUCAAGAUGUCACCAAAACUUUGAACGCUCGCAUGGCCUCGCCUGAGUCCUCGCAAAUAAGUUCUCAACAUUCUCCACAACUUCCACGUGCCCAAAUUCCGCGCCAUCUUGGCUUUUCCACCACCGCUGGCAGUUCCCUCCUUCCCCCGUCCCGGUGUAUCACUUCUCCUGUCCAUCCCCUGCUUAUGGAGGACCCGUCUACUGUUGUCCCUGUCGUUUCUUACGCCGGGCCUUCAGGAAGUUUGAUUCCUCCUGUCUUCCAGUUAGCUUCACCUGUCUUGCCUGAGAUGUUCCCGUCUUACACGCCUAGCCAGUCCCCGUCUAACCGUCUACCUCGAUCUCAGUCUCCGUCUAACCGUCUACCUCGAUCUCAGUCCUCUUCAUCUGUCUCCGAACGGUCGCUGGUAUUUCCAAGGACCCCUUCACCCUACGCAGUUCAAGGACUCGAUGUAUCCUCAACCUCUGUUGCCGAACAACCUUCUUUGCUGCAUGUCCGAAGCGUCAGUAGAUCUGUUACAUCUGUUACUUCGGUAUCUCCUUUAAUUCCAGCGGUACCGGCAUCACCAACGCUCGCACGGUCAGUUUAUGCUCUCAGUGUCGCCGUGUCCAACAGGUUACCAGCCACUAAACGGUCCGCGUCCUCCUCGGAAAUCCGAAAUCUUCCGUCCACUCUGGCGGUAACUCAGUCCGAGACAGCGGCUCAACGGUCACAAAGUGUCCAUCUUGAGGCCACAACUCCACAGUCACAAAGCGCCCAUCUUGGGGCCACAUCAACUCCACAGUCACAAAGUACCCAUCUUGAGGCCACGUCGGGGCCUCAGUCACAAAGUGCCGCUCUUGUGACUGCGUCAAGUGCGUCAGAAGUUCCACAAUCCCCGCAGGAUCAACAACGAAGUUUCUCGUCAGCUCCGCCGUAAUUUCCUUGACGCGAGAGCCAAAGCAAGAAAGUCGGUUAGGGCUAAUGGGUGUUUUGAUUCUCUGCUUGAACCUUCAUAAAUCCCCAAAUAA